AUGGACUUGGAGUUCAUAUGCCUGACGGACCAGGAGCAGGUAAAUCGCCAUAAUCAACAGGCAUUAAAAAUAUUUACUGAUGGCAGCAAGAUUGAUGAAAAGGUCGGAGCAGCGCUGUCACUGUGGAACAGCGAUGCUGAGAUUAAAGCCAUCAAGUUAAGUCUGUCAUCGUACUGCUCUGUCUAUCAGGCGGAACUUCUAGCCAUAUGCAAAGCCACUAAGAUAAUCCUGGAAAGCCGGCAAAAGAGUUUUGGCAUAUACAGCGACUCCAGAUCUGCAUUGGAAACAGUUGCGAAUAAUGCAUCUACGCACCACCUGGCUGUCAAAUCACGUGCAAAUAUCAAAGCCAUUAAACUCCAGAACAAGGAAAUUUCCUUGUUCUGGAUUAAAGCACAUGCAGGUCUGGAUGGCAAUGAACGAGCAGACACACUGGCGAAGGACGCCGCGAGAAAACGUAAGAAAAAGCCCGAUUAUGACCUAUGCCCGAUCUCAUUUGUGAAGCGAGAAAUUCGUAAAGACUCGCUUCAGAAAUGGAAUCAGAGAUACAAAACUGGAGAAACUGCAGGGAUCACAAAAAUAUUCUUCCCGGAUGUCCUAAAUAGUUAUAAUAUCAUUCGAAAACUUCAACCAACGUAUUUACUAACACAAAUAUUUACAGGACACGGUGGGUUCGCGGAAUACCUGCACAGAUACAAACGUAAAGAUUGCUCGGGAUGCGUCUACAAUGAAACAACGAAGGAGACAAUACCACAUUUAAUUUUAAAUUGCCCUCAACAUGACGCGGCCCGGGAAGAUCUCCAACAAGAAUUGCAGAUGAAUCUGUCCAGGGACUCCAUCCCCACUAUAAUAAAAAAUAUCAGCAGUAGAGACGUGUUUAUUAAAUUCUGUCAUAGAGUAGGUAACAUAGCAAUGUCAAGGAAUAGAGCAGACAAUAAAGAUACAUAG